CUCAUCUCCUCACUUGAGUGUUUUUGGCCUAUCCCUUCUGUUAUCUCUCUUUACUAYGAUUUCUUAGUCUCUCCGUCUUAGCUUGUCCCUUCCUUUCGUAUGUAUGGAAUCUGUUAUCUAUUUYCGUUUGUUUAUUCUGACCAACUCGGGUGAACCGUUUGUUGUGGAAACCUGUUUUGUCGGUUGUGUUUUUUGUUUUGCCCUAGAGUUGGCCCGACAACUUCGAUCGAUAAGGGCGGGUAGUGUUAUCAGUUUYUCUGUGUGUGCCAUUCGACAACAGUAAGCCAUGGCGGAUGGGGGUCAUUACCCUUCAUACGAACGUCUCUGCUACCAUUGCCGGCAGCCGGGGCAUAUGGUCAGGAAUUGCCCGUAUGUUCAACACCAGGAGGGGAUAAUUUCUGGUACUCCAGUCGGCCGCUUCAGCGCUGGUCCGUCGUCUUACACGCCUCCGCAAGCUAUGAACGCCCCGUCGGCACCUCCAAUCAGUYAAGCCCCGUUCCACCAUCAGCAACUUGUUGCCUCGCCUUCGACAUCAUCUCCUCCAACCUCCUCUGCUGUGGUCCCGUACCGGCCUACGGCCCCUUCCCUUCCUCCUCUGCCACCCGUUCCUCCCGCUGCCUCUUGGGCACCUAGGCAACGUGCCAACGACGGCGAAGUUGUCUCCCUGUUGAGAGAGCUGGUUAACGAUAGGCGAGAAGAGAAGGAUAGGAGACGUGAGGCUGAAGACCGCCUGCUUAAGGAGGAGCAAGCACGGAUUGCCAAGGAAGAAGAAAAGAAACGGUUGCUGGAUGAAGAAUCUCGUCAAGCGGAGAAGGAGGCACGUAUGGCCAGAGUCGUCAAUUUGAAGAUGGAGGAGCUUGACAAACAGCACCAGGCCCGGACUGAAGAAGAGAACAAGAAAAUUUGGAAGGAAAUUGAGAGAGUGGUUGGCGAKCCUAAACGAGGGAGGAAUGGUAAGGAUCCGGUCGUCGAGGAUUCUGACAACCACAAAAGGCCUCAAGACGAGAUAGGGGGAUCUCCUCCUGUCCUCCCUGCUUCUGGACGAGCACGCCUCAAUGAUCCGAUUAUUAGUAGUACCUUUCCUAAUUUGAGUCCGCUCGACGCUGGCUUGCUACUCAUGGAACUUGAUAAUGUUAAGAGAUCUCAGGAUAAGUAGGAUAGUCUGGUUAGAAGAUGUAUGGAGGUAUUAGAGAAAAUGAAAACGAAACUGAGCG